AUGCAACAACUACAAGAAGAUAUAUCUUUAACGAUAAAGAUCAUGCAGUUACUGGGUUGGACAAUAAAUUUCAAAAAGUCCGUGCUGACUCCGACACAGUGCCUCGAGUUUCUCGGCAUAACAUGGGACACAAAACUCAAUGCAAAGUCCUUAUCGGAGAAAAAGUGCUUAGCGCUACGCAACGCACUUCAGCAACAGCUAUUAAAACUCAAGUGGUCCCUCAAACAGUAUCAGAUCUUAAUGGGGAGACUCAAUUUUGCCACUUACGUAACCCGGAGAGGUCUGCUUCACUGUCGAACACUGCAAUACUUUAGUCGACAGUUGUCAAAGGACCACCCUUACCGCCAAGUGAGUAUUCCACUACCAGUGCAAUCGGAGAUGGAAUGGUGGCUACAAGCUGUAGGUCAAUCUGUACCGAUACACACGAAUGUAGCACUAACUCACCUUCUAACAACCGAUGCUUCAGACAUCGGCUGGGGCGCGCAACUCGGCGAUAUAAGUAUCGGGGGGACCUGGACGAAACGGCAACUAACCUGGCAAGCAAACAGAAAAGAAAUGUUCGCAGUUCGUGCAGCGAUAUCACACGAACAAAAACUGCUACAGAACUCACAAGUGCUUCUUCAGACGGACAAUCGAACAGUGGUGUCUUACAUAAACAAGGAAGGCGGAAGGAAGCAAGUCCAAAAAGCUUCUCGAGCAAACUCUACAACUACUUUCACUUCUAGACAAAUUCAAUAUACACCUUCAGGCCCAGUACUUUCCAGGCAGAUUCAAUGUCGAAGUGGACGCCUUAUCACGCCAAAGGAAUUGCCCCGAGUAGCACCUAACAACAGCGGCGACAUCCAAAAUAUUUCGAAUGUGGGGCACGCCGGAGAUAAACCUAUUUGCAUCGAGUACUGCUCACAACGCGUUUUGUCACCAGUGGCACUACAAACUAGCGUGUUUAUUCCCACCACCUAA